UAAGGUUACCCUGGUAUGUUAAGGGCUCCCUGGGGCAGGACUAUAUAACCCCAGAGGAACAGCCCUAGACUAACUCUGCUCCUUUCUAGACAGAGCCACUGCUGUGCCCCUAGGAGAGCAAAGACAUGGCACCCAAGAAGGCCAGGAGAAGGGCAGCGGCAGAGGGUGGAAGCUCCAAUGUCUUCUCCAUGUUUGAUCAAACUCAGAUCCAGGAGUUCAAGGAGGCCUUCACGGUAAUCGAUCAGAACCGUGAUGGCAUUAUCGACAAGGAAGACCUGCGGGACACCUUUGCAGCCAUGGGGCGCCUCAAUGUGAAGAAUGAGGAGCUUGAUGCCAUGAUGAAGGAAGCCAGCGGUCCCAUCAACUUCACAGUCUUCCUGACCAUGUUUGGGGAGAAGCUCAAAGGUGCCGACCCCGAGGACGUGAUCACUGGAGCUUUCAAGGUCCUGGACCCUGAGGGGAAGGGCACCAUCAAGAAGCAAUUCCUAGAGGAGUUGCUUACCACGCAGUGUGACCGCUUCUCCCAGGAAGAGAUCAGAAACAUGUGGGCGGCCUUCCCCCCCGACGUGGGCGGCAACGUAGACUACAAGAACAUCUGCUACGUCAUCACGCAUGGCGACGCCAAGGACCAGGAGUAGGGGACCCUUCAGUUCUCUGCUGGCCAACGCAUUCCUGCCAGUACGACCCCGACACCGACUCCUAAUAAAAUUGAACUGGUCUUUGUUUCUUUUUGGCGGGCACCUUCAGCAUGUUUCAGGUGGGAGCCUGAGCUGAAAACAUUACCUGGCACAAAGCCAGUGCCCAACAAAUGAAUGAAUAAAGUGCCCCGGCGGCCUGGUGGGGUAGUUCUACCCGCUACUCCAGCCUCUUAUUCCCGCUGGUAAAGUAAAGACUCA